AUGCCUACAUUAACGACAGACAGUGAACGGAACGCCGUGUACAAACAGCUUCACUGCCGGCCUUUCGCAGUUUCCGCGUGUCCCGUGCCUGGUACUUCGACGGAAGACCUGGUGAUCGAGGCCUUCACGAUGUUCUCUCAGCCUCGUGAGCCGGCAACGAAGAAUCGAUCACGGGCAGCUGCCACUGCCUUUACCGAGUCUUAUCUGGAAUGGUUCGCGGAGGCGCAGACGGCGGCAGACGAAGGGCGCCUGCGGUUUGCCGAGCGGCAGGAGUAUCCUUCUCUGUGGGAGACGGAGGAGUUGCAGGCUGCCAUGCAGGAAAAGUUGGAGCUUGCGCAGGCGGAAUUGGGCGAACAGGAGCCCGUGGUGUCUGCAGGCGCCGCUCAGCCGGGGCCGCGAGCCACGGUCGCCAUGUACUCAUCUAUGCAAGCUCUGGAGCGAGUGGUCAAUUUGGAAAGCCUGGCCCGAGCUCGGCAGGAAAAGCCCAAGAAGAGGCGAGACAUGGAUCAGUAUCUGCAGCAAGACUUUGUGAAGAUAACGAUCGCUGGCGAGGUCGAGGAUGUGGACGCGGACAACGAAGAGGAGUACGUGGAGGAGGGUCCGAAACGUCCAUCCGCGGUGUUUCUGGUUAUCACCUAUCGGCCAAAGGAGGCAGAACGGCGGCAGUUGCUCGAGCUAGGCUAUCAAGCCAGGAAAAAUCAGUACACGAAUGAGUUUUUGGAGGAGACCUGGCUCCAGCAGGAUGCUUUCGAGGUGGCACGGGCCGCGCCGCCAGACCUGCACAUACAUAAAGCAGUGUUCACGACUUUGGGCCCAUUGCGGCCAGAACUUCGCGCCAAUAUGUUGAAGUCGCUCCGAAAGAGAGAGUCAGAGAAAGAGCAGCUGGAGAGCGCGGACGACGAGCACCUGCGAGUGUUGCGAGCCUUGCUGCCGCGUCUGCCGCAAGACUGCGUGCGCUUCGCGGAGCAGACCGUGUACGAAAAGCCUUCCGAAUUUUUGGCGGACAUGAUGUUUGCUUUGCCGGCCAAGGAGAAGCUCAACGAAGAUCAGGA